GAUGACUACAGCUCUCCUCUCUACUUCCCUCUUUAUCACCUAGUCCUCAGCAACAUUUUACUUCUAGGUUUAGAUUCAAACUGUAUGCCUUUUGGGUCUGCUGCUUUUUUUUUUUUCUUCAGGAUAGCUUUCCAUUUGCUACACUGGGAGCGUGUUUUCUCGUUUCAUUCCAUUUAUCCUUGAGGAUAAGCUCUAAACUGAUUCCUCAUGUUUUUCUCCCAAUCCUUAUGUGCUGAAUGAUCAUUUCUGGUGGCUUUUGCCGAGUUCCUGAGUUGCUUUGCUUGGUGUCCUGGAGCUUUUCAACAGACUGAAGUUCAUACACUUUCUGUUUUCCCUGUAUCAUCUUGAAGACUAUGGGAUUUACCUUCCUUUUCAGGAUAAAUUUGGUGGACAGCAGAUUUUCCUCCUGAUCUGCCAUCUGAUGAUGAAGCAAAGCUAAGAGAAUGAAGGAUAUGAGCCCUCUGUGGAAGCAUGAUAUGGCGAUGCAGUGCUGUUGCUGAAUUGCUCUCUCUGAUGGCUCUAUGGGUGUGGAUUGCACUGAGUCUUCAUUGCUGGAUUAUUGUAAUUGAUGCUGUUUCAGACCAGCAUGCCACCAGUCCCUUUGAUUGGCUCCUUUCUGACAAGGGACCCUUUCAUCACUCACAGGAAUACACUGAUUUUGUGGACAGAAGUCGUCAAGGAUUUACGACAAGAUACAAAAUUUACAGAGAGUUUGGGCGCUGGAAGGUAAAUAAUCUUGCAGUCGAAAGAAGAAAUUUUAUUGGUUCUCCUUUGCCUCUUGCUCCUGAAUUCUUUCGCAACAUACGACAUCUGGGAAGAAGACCUUCCUUGCAACAGAUCACUGAUAACAUUAUAAAGAAGUAUGGGACUCAUUUUCUUCUCUCAGCAACUCUUGGAGGUGAGGAAUCACUUACAAUUUUUGUAGACAAGCGAAAGCUGAGUAAAAGAUCAGAAGCAACUGAUUCCAGUGGCAAUAGCUCAUCUAUAACACUUGAGACGCUCCAUCAACUGGCUGCCUCUUAUUUCAUAGACAGGGAUAGCACCCUCCGCAGACUACAUCACAUUCAGAUUGCAUCCACUGCAAUAAAGGUAACAGAGACAAGGACUGGACCCCUUGGAUGUAGUAACUAUGACAAUUUAGAUUCUGUCAGUUCUGUUCUGGUCCAGAGCCCUGAAAAUAAGAUCCAUUUACAAGGUCUUCAAGUUAUUCUGCCGGAAUAUCUGCAGGAAAACUUUGUGCAGGCAGCCCUGAGUUACAUAGCCUGUAAUUCUGAAGGAGAGUUUAUCUGCAAAGACAAUGAUUGUUGGUGUCGGUGUGGCCCCAAGUUUCCAGAUUGUAACUGCCCUUAUAUAGACAUUCAAGCCAUGGAAGAAAACCUGGUUCGUAUCAGUGAUACCUGGAAUAUUUAUCACAAGGAGUUUGAAGAAUCAGAUGAAUUUAAGUUAUUUAUGAAAAGGUUACCAGUUAAUUACUUCCUAAACACAUCCACUAUUUUGCAUUUGUGGACCAUGGAUUCCAAUUUUCAACGGCGUUAUGAGCAACUAGAAAACAGCAUGAAGCAGCUUUACCCGAAGGCACAAAAGAUUGUACACAAGCUCUUUAGUCUUAGCAAGAGAUGCCAUAAACAGCCUCUCAUUAGCCUGCCAAGACAAAGAUCUUCAUCUUACUGGCUAAAUCGAAUUCAGUCUUUUCUAUACUGUAACGAGAAUGGCCUUUUGGGAAGCUUCUCAGAAGAAACCCAUACAUGCACAUGCCCAAAUGACCAAGUGUCUUGUCAAACCAACCUACCAUGUGUUGUUGGAGAUGGGGCAGCUUGCCAGACAUGCGCACAAGACAAUCGUACCAGAUGUGGAAACUGUAACACCGGAUACAUGCUUAGCCAAGGAUUCUGCAAGCCUGAAGUAGCUGAUUCUACUGAGCAUUAUAUUGGAUUCGAGACUGACAUGCAAGACACAGAGAUGAAAUAUUUGCUCCAAAAGAAUGAUCGUAGAAUCGAGGUCCAUGCCAUAUUUAUCAGUAAUGAUAUGAGGCUCAAUAGCUGGUUUGACCCAUCCUGGCGCAAGAGAAUGCUCUUAACUUUAAAAAGUAAUAAGUAUAAGGCCAACAUGGUUCAUAUGAUCUUAGGUCUUUCUCUUCAGAUCUGCUUAACGAAAAAUAGCACCUUGGAACCUGUUUUGGCGGUAUAUGUUAAUCCUUUUGGAGGCAGUCACUCUGAGAGCUGGUUUAUGCCUGUCAAUGAAAACAACUUCCCAGACUGGGAACGGACUAAGCUGGACUUGCCACUACAAUGCUACAACUGGUCCUUGACAUUAGGGAAUAAGUGGAAGACAUUUUUUGAAACAGUUCACAUCUACCUAAGGAGUCGUAUAAAGUCUAAUGGCCCCAAUGGCAAUGAAAGUAUCUACUAUGAGCCGCUGGAAUUUCUUGAUCCUUCUCGCAACCUCGGAUACAUGAAAAUUAACAGCAUUCAGGUUUUUGGUUACAGCAUGCACUUUGACCCUGAAGCCAUACGGGACUUAAUCUUGCAGUUGGAUUAUCCCUAUACUCAGGGCUCUCAGGACUCGGCUCUCUUACAGCUGCUGGAGAUAAGGGACCGUGUGAAUAAACUUUCUCCCCCAGGUCAACGGCGCUUAGACCUUUUCUCUUGCCUGCUUCGCCACAGACUUAAGCUGUCUACCAGUGAAGUAGUGAGGAUCCUGUCUGCAUUGCAGGCCUUCAAUGAAAAAUUACCAAACACAAUUGAAUACGAGACAACCAAAUUAUGUAGUUAACCUUAGAAAUCAAGCACAAUGCAAAACUUUCAAAGAGUUUUUACAGUGCUUUUGUGGAGCAGUUUAUGUUUUGAAGAGUACAAUGAAAUUGUCUUUUCAAUAUCUGUUAUAUCAGUCAAUAACACAUGAUGGCAAUUUAAACCAUGAACUUGCUGACUAUGAAAAUAUAUCUUAAUUUUUUUUUUUUCGUUUAUGAAUGAAAUAAAUACUGACACCAAUCUAGAAGAAAUUCUACUUUUUACAACAAAUUUCCUUUGUAAUUUUAUAUGUUCCAAGGCAGUGCUUUUGCGCACUACAUUCUCUAGAGGGAACAUAAAAGGAUACCAAUAAAAUUUUGUAGCAGAAGACUUAUUAAAAAGAAA